CGGACCAGCUGUGGUUCUCUCUCCUGAAUCCGAAGGCCCGUUCCCCGCGGACAGGCCCAUUUUGACUUGGAUACCUACCACCAGGUGUCUCCACCAGCAGUACCCGACAACGACGGGCAGGAGCAGUCUUCGGGGCGCCUUUGCACCGCCAGCAUCGCGCGCGCGUACCCUCUUUGCCGUUUUCGCGCACCGAAUCGAGUGAUCCUGUUCAAACGGAAAACGACCGUCUCGGGCGGCAACGGUAAUCGGCGGGAACAUGUGACCGAGCUCGGGAAAGGUCGUGCAAGAGUAAAUCGCACGAGAGACAUCGGAAGGGGACACCGGCACAACACCUGUCAGGAUCAAUCAGGACGAUUCAGGAAUUCUUGAUCGCGUUGCCAAUGAUACCGGCAGAACUUGGGAGGUGCACGUUCCAGCGGCUAAUCCGGGACGAUUCGAACGACGGUGGAGGAUGCAGCAACAACAGCAGCAGCAGCAGCAGCAGCAGCAGGAGCAGCAGCAGGAAGAGGAACAGGAACAACGGAGACUCGUAAUGGUACCGUCAUCCACUUCGUCCUCGUCGUCGCCCUCGUCGGAUGCGAUUGUGACGGACCUGCAUGAGGCUGACGUCACGGGCCUCACGACUGGCUCCGAACUAUCCAAUUUGGCAUUCCAAAGUGUCACUCUCCGACUUCAGAAUGCUCUCCUCUCCGUUCUGCAGCGCGCGGCGCUCCUGCCGCCGGGACACGCCGCCGCGACAGCCUUGAAUUUCCAGGCGCUGGAAACAUACUUGACGCUUCAACGCCUUCACGCGACGAGCGCGACGCCCGGCGUCGCGCAGACGGCGACGAGCACCUCCACUAUCAUCGGCAGUCAACGGUGCUCGCCGUUGAAUAUCGACGCCACGCUAAACUUGGCGACCAUCAAAAACGACCAGCUGACGGCCGAUCAACUGUUUCGAUCGGCUGCCUCGAUCGGCGAGGACGACGAGGCGCGGCUUGAUUUUGUAACCGACACGGAGGAGGAUCUGGCGCUUCUCGAGGAAGAGGAGGUUCUGCUGCACGAGGCGUCCGCGACUGCAGCCUCUUCGUCCACAAACGAGCUGCUGUUGCGGCGAAUAUCUGAGGGGAAUCGUGCGACUACGUCGACGACUGCGGUAUCUCAAUCAUCGUCCUUGAACGCAUCGACAUCCCUCGCGUCGUCGACUUCCUCGGGAUGCUCCUCGGCCUCGUCCUCGUCGUCCUCCUCCUCCUCGUCCGCGCAACAUCCUUCGGUCGCGGUGAACUCGAGUGUAUCAAGGACUUGCCGCACGUCCAGGCCCAAGAAACAAUUUAUUUGUAAGUUCUGCAACCGAGAGUUCACAAAGAGCUACAAUCUGUUGAUCCACGAGAGGACACAAACCGACGAGCGGCCGUAUUCGUGCGAUAUAUGUGGCAAGGCCUUCCGACGGCAGGAUCAUCUUAGAGAUCACAGGUAUAUCCACAGCAAAGAGAAACCGUUCAAAUGCGCCGAGUGUGGCAAAGGAUUUUGCCAGAGCAGGACCCUGGCAGUACAUAAAAUUUUGCAUAUGGAGGAGUCGCCGCAUAAAUGUCCCGUCUGUGCCAGAAGUUUCAAUCAGAGGAGCAAUUUGAAGACUCACCUCCUCACGCACACGGACAUUAAGCCUUAUCAUUGCGCCUCCUGCGGCAAAGUCUUUCGCAGGAACUGUGAUCUGAGGAGACACUCAUUGACUCACAAUCUGGGGGUGCCGUCGUCGCCACCGCCGUCGGGAAUACCCGUUUCCGGUUCAAAUACUGUUGUUCUCCAAGAGACGUCUUAGUGCAUCUAGACUUUUUUUUCUCUCGAGAUCAUCGAGAUAAAAUCCUGUCUGCAUCGGCACGCUUCUCUCAACAACACGAAUCGACAUUUAAUUAUUAUGACGUCAUAGAGUUUAUAAUUUGAUUUACUCGAUUCUGAUGACUGAUUCGAUUGCACCGCGCCGGUAUGAUUGAGAUUUCGGUUUCUAUCCGCGUACUCGAAUCUUCGAUUCUCAUUGCCUACAUUAUAUAUCAUCGUUAACGAUUAGAGUGUAAUCAUUGUUAUGUGCAUUAUGAUAAGGUCGUAUACGGAUUCGUGCACGUUUAUAGAUCUGUAAUUAUUUCUAUGUAUGCAAUAUGCAAUAUGCAAUAUGCAAUACUCUGGAGUGACGUACAGUCGAGGAAUUUCUGCUCGUCUCCAUUGUUAAAUUCUGUACCUACUGUACGUAUCCGUUGUGUUCUCUUUGAUGUGUGUAAAAUAAACAUUUAUUAU